AUGAGCACAGGAGCUAGUCAACAGCCCGCAGGAAGUGAUUUUUCCGGCUUUAAGGGUAAUAUGUUUAGCCUUCCACCCGCUAGUCCAGCACCAGCCCAGCAACCUCUACCCUCUGGAGGAUUAUUCGGAAGCGGUUCGCUGCAAAAUAAUACAAGUGGAGGUCUUUUCGGAAAUAAUACUACUAGUGCACCAUCCGGCCCAACUGGAGCCGCUACUCCUACCACCACAAGCACUGUUUUCGGACAGAACAACACAACUAGCAGUGCUCCUCCGACCAACAUUUUCGGUCGCCCGGCCACAGACAAGCCUUCCCCGCUUUCUCAAUCUGCUCCGUUUGGGGACUCAAUAAUGCAGACGUCUCCUGAUGCUAAAAGCAAUGCCGCCGAGCCCAAGUCACCUGCCUUCGGUGUAUCUCAGCCUGCUUUCAACUUCGCUAGUCCCGGGACUGGCGCUCUGUUCGGAGGUGCACCUUCUACAGCUGCAGAGACUCUGUCCAAACCACUGUUUGGCGUGGCAUCUACUGAGGUACCUACUCCCUCUACGCCUCUUUUUGGUGCUGCUGCCCAAUCUAGUUCUGCUGGAGCUGCUUUGUCAGCCUCCACUGCUACUGCUGCGCCAAAAACUUCAGUCUUUGGCGUUGCGUCCCCGACUAAAACCUCGACUCCACUUAAAUCUCCAUUUCAGUCUACGAACUUAUUCUCGGGGAUGCCUAGCCAAUCGGCUACACCAACGGCCUCUGAAGUCAAAGAUAAAGAAGCAAAGAAGAUUGAAGAGCCAAAAUCGAAUAGUGGGUUCCAGUUCACGCCGUCUACUGCUAGCGGACCCUCAUUGCUCUCAAAGAGUGAGACUUCUGUCGCCCCUACAGCUCCAGCAAGUGGCUUGUUUCAACCCCCGUCGACAGGCAACGUAUUUGCCCCCAAGCCUGUCGCUGCGGAGCAGGAUAAACCAAAGCCUGCAGAGGGGAACCCCUUUAGCAGCCUAUUCACACCAAAACCGGCGACCCCAAGCAAGCCUGCCACGGAACAGAAACCGCUGCCAUCUUCGACUCCUUUCAGUAACUUUUUUGUUCCCAAACCCAGUACUCUAAGUGGGGAAGUUAAAACAACCAGCCCGGAGAAAUCCAACACUCCAAUCGCUUCUGUGUCUGCCCCUGGGGCAUCUAGUCAGGAGGCCAAGACAAAUGAGCAAAAGAAACCAGCGACCCCUGGGCCUGUUUUCUCUGCUCCUUCUCCCAAUACCAAUUGGUCUACACCUUCUGCUCCAUUUACACCACAGCCGUCGUUGUUUUCGACACAGCCGACUAUUACCACUCCUUCUGUAUCUUCGCAGAGCCCGUUCAAAGUCAACAAUGCAACUGCAGCGCCAUCAACGUCAUUAUUACCUACCGCCGAGAAAGCUGGAAGUAUAAGUUUCGAAAAACUACAGCCUUCUGGUCUUUCUACUGAUCUGAAAGAGGCUACAAAAGGGGAAGUUGAAAUGCUGCACCGUAUUCGUAUGCUAAACGAAUGCUUUCAGCGUGAAAUUACUCGUUUGGACCCUAAAACAGAUGACUUAGACCUUGUUAUUCAGUAUUACUUGCGUGUCCGUGAAACCAUUGGGGCACCAGCAGAAGACCGCAAACUCAGACGCAAGAUGCAAGAUGAUGAAGGUGCAACUGCCGAUGAGAAGCCUGCUAAACAGACAAGAACUUUCGGUGUUCACGAAGAGACCCAAAGCAAAGGACCUUCGUUCACUCCGGAUUUGACUGCUACCAAUCCAGCGAUGACUUCUCCUGCUCAGGUUCCUGGGACAAGCCAGACCCCUCCAUCUGGCAAUAAGAGGAAGUCGGCUGGUGAUGAAGAUGACAAAGGCCACCCAGGGAAGCGCAUCAACGGAGAUUCUACCACGGCAAACAUAUUUGCACAGUCAUUUUCCAAAUCGAAGUCUUCAGAAUCGGACAGAGAACCGGCCACCUUGGAAUCGGCGAAGUUGCCCGCUUCGUCCCCAUUUAAACCAACUGCUCCAGACUCCAACAAGCCUUCCACGCCCUCCACUGCACUUCUUUCAUCUCCCUCAAAGCCUGAGUUCGCCACUCCGGCUAAGGCCAGUGAAAGUUCUGUUCCAUCGCUCUUUUCUCAGGGCGCAUCCAUCUCCAAGCCCACAUUCACCGGCCCAACCAAAAGUGCUAGUACUACAGCUAACCCUUUUGUCCUCAAGCCAUCUGGCGAUAAAAACACGGAGCCCGCACUCGGCGUUCCAAAAUUUGGCUCCGGAACGACCAAUUUCUUUGCUCAAUUCAAGGCCCAGGCUGAUAAAAAUGCUGAGAAGGAAAAAGCCAAGCGCAAGGCUGAAGAUUUUGACUCGGACGAGGAAGAUGAAGCUGAUUGGGAACGAAAAGAUGCAGAAGAACAGCGUAUGAAGCGGGAGAAAAUCGAGUCUCGGGCUCAUAAACGACCCAAGUUCGUUCCAGGGAAGGGGUUCGUUUUUGAAGAUGAAAGCAAUCCCAGCACCGACCAAAAGCCUGACGGAAUUCCUGGUACUGCUACUAGCAGUAGCGCGUCGAUCUUCGAUGCCAAGAGCAAAUCUCCUGCCACAUCCAGCAACAUAUUCGGUCAUUUGUCGGCAACUCCGUCUGAGGCAGAGGACCAUGAUUCUUCGGAUGACACCGAAGAAGCAUCGGCCGCCGGCGACAGCAAGGAGGAAACGUCAAAGGAUGCAUCUGCCAUAUCGACUAGUGAGGAUGAGGCCAGCCGUUCUGUAGAGACGAGUCAAGCUGAACCCAAGGUGAUUUCAGGCAGUGGCGCUGAAUCUGUUGCGACUGAAAGCAGCGACGAUGGCGACUUUGCUAAGGCUCUUCAGAAGUCAAAGCAAGCUCCCGCGAGCAAACCCACGAUGAAUGGGCAGUCGGAUUCAAGUGCCGGCGGUCGUAGUCUAUUUGAUCGCGUGGAGUAUAAUCAAGAAGGGAAGCUGAAGCGACAAGGCGAAGAAGAAAGCAAACUGUCUACAUUUUUCAAUUCUUCGAAAUACGCAUCCUCGUUUAAUUCACCCACCUCCACACCAAAUCCAUUCGCUCCUGCAAACAAACCACAAGCCGACGAAGUUGACACCCCUGCCUCCAAACCUGCAAGUCCCAGUAUUUUUGGUUCCGUGAGUACGACCAGUGGGCUUUUCGGCUCUCCUUCAAACUCGGGCGGGAGCACGCCGUCGAUCUUUGCUCCUAGCCAGAACGCCCCAAAGGCUCCUAUGGACAACACUUGGAAACUGAAUUCUCCCAUCAAGUUUGCGACAGAGUCGGCCGGUUCCACAGCUCCGAAAUCCGACUCUGCAGCCACAACGUCAACGGCUGAUCCCUCGAAGCCCUUCUCCACUCUCUUUGGGGCAGCAUCUGCAGGACCCAAAUCUUCCGCAUCUGGUACUCAGUCUCUCGGCUUUUCUUUUGGAGGCCCAUCGCAGUCGCAAAGUGUCUUCGGUCCCUCCGCUGUCAGUUCGUCAGCUGCCAGCCGCUCUUCUACCCCUGGUGUUACUUCUGACACGGGAGCCGAAGAGUCUGGCGACGCAGAUGCAGCGGAGGCAUUGCCUCAGAUUGAUCUUGCUCGAAGCGGUGCUGGUGAAGAGAAUGAAGAUGUUGUCCUGGAGUUGCGUGCACGUGGGAUGAUCAUUUCCUCCAGCGGAGAUGCGUGGGAGAGCCGAGGUAUUGGAUUCCUUCGUAUUUUGAAAGAUCGUACCACAUCUCGUGGCCGUCUUCUCCUUCGAGCUGAUCCAAGUGGGAAUAUCGUAUUGAAUACAGCUUUGAUGAAGCAAAUCAAGUACACUGUCUCUGGAACCAGUGUACAGUUCCUUGUGCCGAAGGCCGAUGGCGCACCCGAACAGUGGGCCGUCCGAGUCAAGAAAGAGGAAGUCCAGCGACUGGCGACUGCAAUUGAAGAGACUAAGAAUUAG